CAGUAUUCUCUCAACGUAAAAAUACGCCACAAUUUAAACACUUUCAAGUUAAAGUACAAAAUGCGGUGUGGCCGGACGAAGUCAGUCUGAUAAGCGGAUACAGAGAUCUCGGCCAAAAAUGCCCGAGACCAGAUGUCACCUCCUUUGAAGAUAUAAACUCCGAACUACGGCAGUUGAGCCCGACACCCGCUGCUCACCGUAAAUGUUUGCCCACGAGGCAGGCACCCAUCGUCCUAUCUGAUCCCUUUCCCUGCACUCCACUCCGUUGAGGCCGGAGAGCUAUCCCGUAUAAAAUAUGUUUCAUUCAUUCAAGUGGCUCUCAUCGACAAAGCGACUCCCAUUAAAAUCCUCGUAAUCUCUAAAACUAAAGCUGCAUAUUUCAGGCCGAAAGUGUGCAUACAGCGCAAUGCUCCCGACGGCGCAGUCUUCAGCGUGAUCCUCGAAUGCCGAUCCCUUGGUUUGCUUCGUCGAAUCUUUUCUACAGGCCCACGCCGCACCUCCGCCCAUUGUACUCUCGCCGUCGCCGAACGACGAAAGACGCCGGUGGCGCGCCAGGUGGGCGGGAGUCGCCGUCGUGCUGCUGGGCGUCGCCGUCCUCGCCGUCGCCUUGGCGCUGCUCCUGCCGUCGCGCGCGGCGAUCGGCAGCGCCAGUGCCGGAGUGUGCGUCACGACAGGGUGCGUGGACCACGCGGAGAACCUGGGCCUUUACCGCAAAGGGAGCGCCAUCGGACCCUGCGAUGACUUCGGCAAGUUCGUCUGUUCCCACUGGAUCGAAAACGAUAUCAAGGUAGUGCCGUCGGUGACCGUCUAUCGCAUGGGCGUGUGGCUGUACAAUCUGGCGCGCACCCGAUGGUACGAAGACAGCGGCAACAGUGUCGCGGCGAGGGUGACGCGUCUCGUAGACGCCUGCAUGCAUCGGGAAUCCCAGACCGGCAACCACAACGACGACGGCGUCGAGCAGCUUUACCACUUCAUGACCGAAAAACUCUUCCCGUGGCUGCUGCCCGACGCCAACGGCAGCGUCGAUGGAAGCCGGAUACGAAAUGACGGCGACCGGAUAGGAGGCGACGGUGAUUACGCCUUCACGCUGGCCACCAUCCUCAAUAUGUCCGUGAUGUGGUACGUGCCGCUCUGGUUUACUGUCGACCUCGUGACACCCUCGCCGGGACACGGCGCCUCGCCGGCGCACCGGUCCGUGAGUGUCAGCUCGUCAAACAUGCCGUACAUCGGGCAGCUAAUGCACGGGGAAAUCGAAACGUACAAGCUCUACGAUGCGUACGUGUCGCUCAUGCUGGACGUCGUCUUCCGCGGAUGGGAGUUCUCGCCGGACUUCCGUUCCUUCCUACACAAAAGGAGCGCCGAAGUCCAGCGCGACGUCUUGGGAAAUCUGUCGUCGAGCUUCGUCGCCAGCCGCGUCGAGCCUCGGUUCCUCCAAAUGCGCCACCUGCCGGCGCUGGUGCCGAAGCUCGACGCUCGUGACUGGGUCGACGCGAUGCAGUCCGCGCUCGGGGCGAACCCGCCGCUCACCGAGGAGGACACGCUAUUCGUGACCGACUCCGGGCUCCUGGACGCCGUGAACAUCCUCUUCGCUUCGUACACGGCCCGGGAAUUGACGUUUCACACGGCGUGGUGGUUCGCCCAGAUUAUGUCCGUUGUGUCGAGCGAGACGCUGCACACGUUCGUCAUGGGAAGCAAGCUGGGCGACGAAGCCUACCCUUUAGUCUGCGGAGCCCACACCGCUAUGGCGUACAACGUGCUGCUCGCCGGCGUCGACCACGGCACCGGCACAGACUCCGCGAACACGAGGUCGCCGGUAACGCGACUCUUGAGCAACGUCCACCACACGGCAGUCAGGAAAGUUCGGACUUGGACGAGCGCGUUGGAUUCCCAGGCGAUCGGCGCUGUCAGCUCGCGCCUAGGCAGCACCACAACCGUGGUGUGGCCCGAAGGGAAGCAGAACGAGAGCGAAGACGCUUGGUGGGGGGAGGCACUGUACGGUUCCGACUACAACAACGCGACGCCCGGCUUCUUCGGGCACUGGACCGAGAUUCGACAGCGAUUGCGGGCGUCUCUGAACACCGAUGCCUAUCAAUCCGGCCUCCGCGUGUUCCGAUUUCAGUCGUCCAACGUGGCCACGUACGACGCCGUCUCGAACGCGAUUUCCGUCGGCGUCCAAGCACUCACUGGGCCCUUCUAUGCGGCGGAUGGAACGAAUGCCAUGAAUUACGGUGGCCUGGGCUUUCUCUACGCCUUGCAGGUGGCGCGAACCAUCAAUACGCUCACGCUCCUGCUCGAUGGCGACCGUACACCCUCGGCUUGGGUUCCCCCAACCAACGCGACCGACGCCAGCGGGGCUCCAGGGCAGCCACUGCGGAAGCUGGGCAGGUGCCCUUCCUCUGACGCGUCCGCCCACGUGACGUCGCUAUACCCCGUACUUCCGGCGCUGGAAAUCGCGCACGACGCAUACAAGCGGUUCCGCAACGUCGCGCAGGACGUGCCCCUCCGGGGACUGGAGGCCUACAGCGCCGAGCAGGUCUUCUUUCUGACGGCCUGUCACGUGACCUGCUGGACGAACAGCUCGGGGCACCGCAUGUCGCCGGAGUGCACCGACGCCAUGCGCAACUUCGCGCCGUUCGCCGAUGCCUUCGGCUGUCCGGCCGGUUCACCCAUGAACCCGCACGAGAGGUGCCGCUUUUUUUGAAGCGCCCGCGCAAUCUUCGAAACGAUCGAUGAACUCUGGAAGAACGCAAUAACGUACUUUUUUUUUGCUUCGCUUUCUUUUUCUUUUAUUCUUGCUUUUUGCCAACGCCGUCCUCUGUAGUUCUCGCUUAUCGUUCUUCUUUAUCAAUACUCUGCGAAGUAGCUGGCUACGUCAUGUUACAAGCUAUCCGCGCCUUGAAGCUUUGAACAUACUGUGUUAAGAAGCCGUACAGUGACAAGUAUACGGCGUUGCUCUAUUUACUUCACGACAUAGGGCUGCUACAUAAGACGGCUACGUAACACGAUACAGCCAGCCACGCUAUCGUCCUCGAAAGUUUAUGCACAAGUGUCGGUACAGUAUAUUGGAAGCAAGAUUGUACAAGCUUGCACAUCCUUACAGAGAGACGGUAAGUGCUUAAUGAUAACAGAUUUUCGUAACUACAGCCUUGGCAAUAUACUUCUGAUCUGCAUGAUAAUCUUCAAGCGAAACUUUCUUUGCCUCCCC